AUGAAAACUAUAUUUCAGUUCCUUUUUUUAUCCUUAUUUAUAAAGAAUUUCUUCUGCCAAAAUAAAGAAGGAGAAAUUGAUAAGAUUCAUCAAAAUAACUUUAAUUCAUCACCAAAUAUUAUAAUUGCCGUAAAUAAACCACAAACUAAAAAGAUUUCUCCUAUUAAUGAAAAUAAUAUUUAUAUAAAUAGAAAAAAGCAGAAUAAACUUGAAAAUAUUAUAAAUAAUGUGGAAGAGUUGUUACAAAAUAUUAAUGAUAAUAAAAAUAAAUUAGUAGAAAACGCAAAUGGGAGAAAUUACGGAUUAAAUAUGGAAACUGAAAUUAUUAAUGCAAAUGAUGAAAAUGUUUUAAAUAUAUUAUUAAAUGGAAAAUAUAAUUUAAAUAAGGAAAAAAAAAAUUUUUCAGCACCUAUAAUUAUGGUUUUUCCUCAACCAUUAACAAAUCAGGAAAUAAUAGAUUAUGAAAAAUAUAAAGAAUUAAUAAAAAGUUUAAAAAAGACCAAAAAUUUACUAUUAAAAGUGGGUUAUUUUGAAAAAUUAUCUGAUAUUAAAAGCAAAAAUAAAAAAGAAGCUACUAAAGAAAUAGAAAAUACAAUAAAAAUUAUUGAAAAGUCAAUUUCAAGAAGACACAUUAUAGAUGAAAUAUUAGAAGAAAUAUAUGAUGAACAUAGAAAUGAAGAUAAAAAUAUCAAAAAAUUAAAAAAUGAAAGUGAAUUCUUAAAACAAAAGAUAAAUGUUUUGAAUGAAAAAAUUAGAAAAUUAGGAUAUAUAAUUUAG